AUGUAUUAUUAUCCAUUGCUCAAUGAAAUACUACCUGAUUGGAAGUGUGCUGGUCAUCAGAUAUUCAUUUGUCGACUCCCGGGUCCCGGAACUCGGAAGUCGGUACGGUUGACCCAAAUUUGGGUGGUCGGAACUUGGCUUCUUGUAGGGAAACACAAGCCUCGCACCCCGGAUUCCAAAUUCUGCAAGACAACCUGUGCACCAUCAAAGGCCAUGUCAGGAGAUCACCUGCUGCUCCGGGAACUCGGUAACUUUGAUUUAUUACCUCCUCUGAGUACGGUUGACUCACAUUUUGGUGGUCGGAACUUGGCUUCUCGUAGGGCAACACAAGCUUCGCACCCCGGAUUCCACAUUCUGCAAGACAACCUACGCACCAUCAAAGGCCAUGUCAAGAGAGCACCUGCUGCUCUCUUCAGAAACAUCUCAACUUCGGUUGGCCAUUUAACACGGAAAGUAUUAACUAAAUUAUGUGUUGAGUUCCGGGUCCCGGAACUCGGAACUCGGAGCUCGGUACAGUUGACUCAAAUUCUGGUGGUCGGAACUUGGCUUCUCGUAGGGCAACACAAGCUUCGCACCCCGGAUUCCACAUUCUGCAAGACAACCUGUGCACCAUCAAAGGCCAUGUCAGGAGAUCACCUGCUGCUCCGGGAACUUGGUAACUUUGAUUUAUUACCUCCUCUGAUUUGGUUGAUGUACAACUACCUCAGCUCCAUCAUGUCUACAAUUAUGAUACACAUGGGCCCACCCAUCUAUAUUUUAUACCACCCUCGGCCCACCCGUCUAAUUAAUAUGCGUCUGGGCCCACCCGUCUAA